ACUUACGUAGCUACAACCCAAUAUUGCUCUCUUCCUCUAUAUAUAUUGCUAGUUCUUAACUCUUGAUUCUCAUAACAAAACAUUGCUCUCUCGCUCCUGAGAAAACAAAAAAGCCAUCACUAUUUUCUUUUAAUCUCUCUGUGUUUUUUAGUAUUUACUAUUCUUUAUGGUUAUGGGUUCAACCAAAAGAAGAAGGGAAAGUUGUGAGAUGAAGAAGAAGAAGAUGAAAACAGAUAUUUCUUUGUUAGAGAACAUGGGUAUUUAUGAUAUGGAGGGGCAUACUAUUGCUCCCAAUUGGACUCCAUUUGACGCGUUGGUUGAGGUCGCCUUCGUAGCCAGAAAAAAACAUCGCAAGUUUCAUAGGCUCUUCCAAGAAAAGUCUCUCAAGAAGCCAAUCUCUGUGGAAGAAGAAAUCCCUACUGCUGUGACUGUGCCUGUUCGAAACAAGCGAUCAAGAUUUGGGGACCAGGAUGAUGAUGAUGAUCAAGACUGCCGUUUUGAGUUGGAAACCAAGAAAAACAAGCCAAUCCUUGUGGAGCAAGAAAAAGCCUUCAUGUUCACAACCACUGCUGUGCCUGUUUCAAAGAGAGUAAGAUUGGGAGAUCAAGAUGAAUGGUGUUUGGAAACCAAGAAAAAGAAGCAAUCUUGGGAAUCAAGAUUGCCAAUCAAGGCUAAAAUUCCACCGGGUCCAAACCCACCACCUGAUCUACCUCAAGAGUUCCUGGUUGAGAUCGAAGAAAUGGGUGGGCGUGACAAAUUGUUGGUGAUACAGAAAAAGCUUUUCAAGACUGACAUAACUAAGGGUAAUAAUCGGUUUUCAAUACCAUUAAGGCAAAUAGUGAGGACAGAUUUCUUGACUGAGGAAGAGAAAGAGAAGCUUAGAGCAGGGCAAGAAAUACAAGUGCAAUUCAUCGAUCCCACGCUUAAGAGUGGUCAUAUUGUUUUGGUUCAAUGGGACAUGCCUAAGGAUACGGGCAACACGAGUUCAACCUAUGUAUUGAGAUCCACUUGGAACGAAGUCCGGGAUUCGAAUGGUCUCAAGAUAGAUGAUGUCGUGCAACUCUGGUCUUUCCGUGUGAACAAAGAAGCUUGCAAUGAUGCCUCUUCUUCUAAUACAAACAAAGGACGGCUCUGUUUUGCACUUGUGUUGGUUCAAAAGGCAAAGGAUGAACAGUCAAUGUCAUGAAGCUUUAUAGUGUUCAAAUUUUGAAGUGGUUUUUCCUAAAUUUUUGUUAGGUAUAUUGUGUUUCUCUAGUUUGUUU